AGCGCGCGCAAACACCCCCGCGACGCCAGCUGUGUGAGCCGCGCAGCGGAUGAGGGCGCUGGGAACUGAGUCCACUCGUCGACCCCCAGUCUCAAUCCCAGCGCUCUGAGGAAAGCCCGACUUUGCCCGAGCCCCAGGUGCAGAGGGACUCGGCAAAGGAGGCACCUUUCUCCGUCCCCAUCCCUAGCCAAGCGUCCUUGCCUCUGCCAACUCCAGAGUGGGUGUUAAGGCUCCCGGAGCGGGCAGCAGGUGUCCAGGGCUGGCCUCCAGGGUUCCUGGAGACGCUCGGGUGGACGUCUUGCCCUCGGCAAAGGCCCCAGCCCUUUCUCGGAGCCGGCUGUCCCGCGCCGCAGGAAACCGCACCUUCCCGCAGCAUGGCCACCAGCCUCAGCCUGGAUGCACCUCGGCUGCUGAACUCCCUGUCCUCCCAGCAGACCAUGCUCCUGUUAGUCCUGUCGGUGCUGGCCGCCGUGCACGUGGGCCAGUGGCUGCUGAGGCAGCGACGGCGACAGCCCCUGUCGGCGCCCCCCGGCCCCUUCCAGUGGCCCCUGAUCGGAAACGCGGCGGCGGUGGGCCGGGCGGCGCACCUCUCCUUCGCGCGCUUGGCCCGGCGCUACGGCGACGUCUUCCAGAUCCGUCUGGGCAGCUGCCCGGUGGUGGUGCUGAACGGCGAGCGCGCCAUCCACCAGGCCUUGGUGCAGCAGGGCGCCACCUUCGCCGACCGGCCGCCCUUCGCUUCCUUCCGCGUGGUGUCCGGCGGCCGCAGCCUGGCCUUCGGCCACUACUCGGAGCACUGGAAGGUGCAGCGGCGGGCGGCGUACGGCACGAUGCGUGCCUUCUCGACGCGCCAGCCGCGCAGCCGCCGCAUCCUCGAGGGCCACGUGCUGGGCGAGGCGCGCGACUUGGUGGCGCUGCUGGUGCGCGGCAGCGCGGGCGGCGCCUUCCUCGACCCGAGGCAGCCGACCAUCGUGGCCGUGGCCAACGUCAUGAGCGCCGUGUGCUUCGGCUGCCGCUACAGCCACGACGACGCCGAGUUCCUGGAGCUGCUCAGCCACAACGAGGAGUUCGGGCGCACGGUGGGCGCGGGCAGCCUGGUGGACGUGCUGCCCUGGUUGCAGCGCUUCCCCAACCCGCUGCGCACCACCUUCCGCCAGUUCGAGCGGGUCAACCGCAACUUCGGCAACUUCAUCCUCGACAAGUUCCUGCGGCACCGUGAAAGCCUGAGGCCCGGCGCCGCCCCUCGCGACAUGAUGGAUGCCUUCAUCCUCUCGGCGGGAAAAGCUGUGGGGGACUCGGGCGAAGGGGGCGCGCGGCUCGACUUGGAGAGCGUGCCCGCCACGGUCACGGACAUCUUCGGCGCCAGCCAGGACACGCUCUCCACCGCGCUCCAGUGGCUGCUCCUCAUCCUCACCAGGUACCCCGAUGUGCAGGCGCGCGUGCAGGCGGAGCUGGAUCAGGUCGUGGGGCGGGAGCGCCUGCCGUGCAUGGGCGACCAGCCCAACCUGCCCUACGUCAUGGCCUUUCUCUACGAAACCAUGCGGUUCUCCAGCUUCGUGCCGGUCACCAUUCCUCAUGCCACCACCGCCAAUGCCUUCGUCUUGGGCUACCACAUCCCCAAGAACACGGUGAUCUUCGUUAACCAGUGGUCUGUGAACCAUGACCCCGCCAAGUGGCCUCAUCCAGAGGACUUCGACCCUGCCCGCUUCUUGGACAAGGACGGCUCCUUCAACAGGGACCUGGCCAGCAGCGUCAUGAUUUUUUCCACCGGCAAACGACGGUGCAUCGGCGAAGAGCUCUCCAAGAUGCAGCUGUUUCUUUUCAUCUCCAUCCUAGCUCACCAGUGCCAUUUCAGGGCCAACCCAGAUGAGCCCUGGCAGACGAGUUUCAGUUACGGCCUGACCAUUAAACCCAAGUCGUUUACUGUCAACGUGACUCUGAGGGACUCCAUGGAGCUGCUGGAUAGUGCGGUCCAAAAGCUAGAAGCAGAGGGAGUUUGCCACUGAGAAGGGCCGGAGGCAAGCUGAAAUGUUGCAGGUGCUCCAGCCGUUACUGGGGGGGUGGGGAGUAAAAGCCAGGCCUUUCCUAGCUCCUUGUUUGUGCCAAUUCUCCAAUAGCCUCGACUAUGAGCGUGAUGGCUAUAAGGAGGUGGCCUGUGCAUAGGGUGUGCUCCAGACUGAGUGCUAGGCUGUGCAGGAGCCCAGGGGAGAUUUUUUGAGUUAAAGGGUCCAAGGGAUUUUUGCACAUGUACUGGGUGUCAGUAAUAAUUUCUCGGGGGAGCAUUCUUUGGAGUUCACACACACACACACACACACAAUCUGAUGAAGAAGGGUUUCAGUAACCAUAACUUUUUGGGUUGACCCAAGACUGAUCUUUUCACGUGCAGAACUCUACUUCACCCCAAAACAGUAUUAAGCAGUUUCUGGAGCUGCUGUUGAAGCUGCAAAGGCAAGUGACUUCCGUGCAGGGUACAUGACUAGGUGACAGGGUAAGGGUUCAGCGCUUUCUCACCUCUUGAGUGAAAUAGCUCGGAGUGACGCGAGUGUCGCUGGACUCAUUGGUCUUUUCACCUGCUGGUGUGCUUCCUUACUCUUAAGGAUGAAUCCUAAAGUCACUCAAAAAGAAAUGAAUGUGUGGCUUUGUGACUACAGUGGAUUUCAGUGACUUAUCAUGAAGUCUAAAGUGUGAAUUGUUCAACUGUAGAACUCCAAGCCGAAGUCAUGUCUCUCUUCAUUGCCAAAGUGCAGCAUUUCAAUUAUGAGUGCAAAAAUGAAAAAGAGCUGCAAACCAUUUGCUAGUCCGGGUAAGCUUUUCAUUAUGCAAUCGCAAUGUAUUGAUUUUAGUAAGUCUCAUAGGUUAAAAAAACUACCAAAUAGUAUUCCAUGUGUGUGUAUAUAGUUCAUCAUUACUCAUAAGCAGGAUGUUGGUAUUAUUUUGGUCAAGAAAAGGCGAAAUAAUACAUCAUGUAUAAUGCCGAAGACCAAAAAUACAACCAGUUCAAUCAAGUGUGGGUCAGAUAUACUAUAUGAGCUUGAUUAGAUCAACUACAUUUUUUUUGGUGUGCUGUUUGAUUUCAUAACUACUUCAAAGCAAAGCCUCUUUGCUCAUCCAAAACUGGAUGAGAACUGACACGUCUCAAAAUGAGAUCAGUAGGAUGUGUUCUUGUUUUAUAAACCUUUGAUUAAAAAUGGAUUUAUAGUACAGAAUCUCUUUUUGAAAUCGACCUAAUUAAUAGGCUAACAUUCCAAAAUCUUGGCAUAUUUCAAUUUUAAUUUAAUUUAAUAACAAUUCUGAUUACUGAGUUCUAGUUGAAACUAGUGGAAAUCUGACUUUUAUCCUACAGAAGAUGAGAUAUCUAAUCUGUCUGUCUGUUGAAUAGUGAAAAAAGCCAGGAAUUAUCUGAGUGGUCUCUUUACUUGGUACCCAAGGAAGAAAUUGCUAUUAUUGCUGACCUGCUUUCUCUUUUAAAUGAUUUUUUAAAAGUUAGCAUUAAUGUCUGUUUUUGGAAAGUCAGAAUUGGAAGGCGGUGCUGGGAGGCUCUUUUGAGAAUCACAUGUAAGACGGUGCAGCUGAUCAGAAUGGCUGUCCGUUGUGUUGUUGAAGAUGGCCAGCCCUGUGACUUCAGUGGCCGGGAAAGAACAAAGCUAACAAAAUGUGUGCAUUCGGAGUAUGUAAAAAUUGGAAGUGUUUUUAAAAAGGUGCAGGAAGACUGCAAGAAUACCGUGUGAAGUUUCAAGUUUUAAUUUCCAUUGCAGUUAGCCUUCCAAAGGAAGUCCUCCGUGUUCUGAGACGGAACUCUUUGUUAUAUGUUAUUAAGCUUUUGGACGUUUCAUGUUGAAGUGACAGAAGAAAGAAGGCGUGAUGGUUGUGUUUGGAGGGAGGUGUUGAGAGAAGAGAGAAUGAGCAGCAAGAGCAAUGCCUAAACCUUUUUUAUUCCAAAUAAAUAAUCUGUAACACAAAAUUUGGAGCACGAACUUUUUAGAAAUAAGACAAAUGGUAUACCAGCAUUGAAUCUCCAAUAGAAUGAAAAAAGAAUCUACAGCAUAGCAGAUCUGUUUUAUAGUCUGGACUACUAAUACAAUUUUCAUGUUAUUUUUAUUAACAAAAUUUCAUGGCUAUAAUUUUUGAAGAUGAAAAGUUAUUUGUGCUAGUGUUUGGAAAGGCGAAACAGUCACCUUCAGAACCCAGGCUUAUCCAAUAGAUCUCAAUGGGGGGGGGGGGGGGCAGUGGUUACGCCCAGCAGGGCUGAGGCACUGAUUUGGGAUUGUCUUAGCCUAUUUUAGCUGAUUAUGAGUUGUAAGAGCAAAAAACCAAAUCAUGUGUCAAGCCGGAUGCCUCAUUAAGUCAACUAGGACCAGAUGUGCUGUGGUCGGCUCUUCUGUCUGUAGGCUCAGCCGUCAUCUGUGGUUUGUUGCAGAGAGAAAGGAAGGUGGGUGUUUGGAGGUUAGCUGGAUUAUUUAAUAUAUUUAUAACUCACUUAAUGGAACAAAAAGAAAAUCAAAACUGGUAAAAAAUAACUGUGUUUGGAGGCCACAGAAAUUAGAUUACUGCUUAAUCAGAACACUAGACUGUAUUUGCUAAUCACCAUGAAAGGUUAGAACAUUUAUUUCAGGAUAUCACAAUAGUUAAAGUCUAUUGUUUAUUAAAUGCCUUGCUUAUAUAGUAAAGCUUUGACUCUGUAAGGAAAUUGCUUUAUUCCAAAAACAAAAAGAUGACUCAGGUGUGUUUUGUGGCUCAUCAAGAAGCUUUCCUGUCCCAGAACUUAGCCUUUACCUGUGAAAUGUUACCACAGCCUUAACAGAUUCAUACUAGAUGUGUAGUAGGUCAAACAGCUGCAUAACAAUGUAAACUACUUUGUAUGUUUUUACCUGGGACAAAACUGUGUGAUAAAAACCUAUACCUUAGUCGAUACUUAUAACUCAAGGAUAAUUUCUCACUUAGCCUUUUCUUACCUUUAUACUUUAUCAUGUAUGCUUUUAGUAUGUAUCUAGCAGCUAAGUACAUAGUUGUAACAGAUUCUAAAGAUACAUUAUUAUGUAGCUUUUACUGUUUGAUAUGCCAAAUUUGAAAAAUAUCUGUGAUAUCUAUAAUGGAACACGAU